AUGUAUCGAAAUCCAGAGGUCCUCAAAGUUAAAAGUACAACAAAAUCUCAGCGAAUAUCAGCUCAUAGUCAUGUGAAAGCACUCGGCUUGGAUAAUGAACAACGAGCAAUACGUAUUGCAGGUGGCCUUGUUGGACAAGAGCAAGCCAGAGAGGCGGCAGGUAUUAUUGUUGAAAUGAUAAGACGAAAGAAAAUGGCGGGUCGAGCCGUAUUACUUGCUGGACCACCGGGAACAGGAAAAACGGCAUUGGCACUGGCUGUUGCACAGGAAUUAGGAACUCGUGUCCCAUUUUGUCCGAUGGUUGGCAGCGAAGUUUAUUCAACUGAAAUAAAGAAAACAGAAGUAUUAAUGGAAAACUUUCGUCGUGCUAUUGGUUUACGUAUUAAAGAGACGAAAGAAGUUUAUGAAGGAGAAGUAACGGAAAUGACACCUUUGGAAACAGAAAGUAGUUAUGGAGGUUAUGGAAAAACAAUUAGUCAUGUGGUGAUUGGCUUACGAACGGUGAAAGGAGCUAAACAAUUAAAAUUAGAUCCAUCCAUAUAUGAAACAUUACAAAAAGAAAAGGUUGAAGUGGGUGAUGUUAUUUAUAUUGAGUCAAACACGGGUGCAGUUAAACGACAAGGUCGUUGUGAUUCCUAUGCAACAGAGUAUGAUCUUGAAACAGAAGAAUAUGUUCCCUUACCAAAAGGAGAUGUUCAUAAGAAGAAAGAAGUUGUGCAAGAUGUUACACUGCACGAUUUAGAUGUUGCCAAUGCGAGACCACAAGGCGGCCAAGAUAUAUUAUCAAUAAUGGGUUCAUUAAUUAAACCCAAAAAAACAGAAAUAACAGAUAAGCUUAGAAAAGAGAUAAAUAAAGUUGUGAAUAAAUAUAUUGAUCAAGGUAUUGCUGAAUUAGUACCAGGUGUUUUAUUUAUUGAUGAAGUUCAUAUGCUUGAUAUUGAAUGUUUCACAUAUUUACAUCGUGCACUUGAAAGUCCUCUAGCACCUAUUGUAAUAUUUGCUACAAAUCGUGGAAAAUGUCUCGUUAGAGGAACAGAAAUACUUUCUCCACAUGGAAUGCCGUUAGAUUUAUUAGAUCGUAUUAUGAUUAUUCGUACAUUGCCCUACGGAAUAGAAGAUAUGAUUGAGAUUUUACGAAUAAGAGCAAAAGUUGAACACAUUGAUAUUAGUGAUGAAUCAUUACAAAUAUUAUCUGAAAUAGGAAAUAAAUCAACAUUGAGAUAUGCUGUACAAUUAAUGACUCCUGCCAAUAUUCUUGCUCGAAUUAAUGGGAAAGAACAAAUAGAACGCGAAGAAAUUGAAGAAGUACACGAUUUAUUUUUGGAUGCAAAAUCAUCAGCACAAUUAUUGAAACAGGAAGACGCUAAAUAUUUGAAAUAG